AUGGACUGUGCUAUCUUCACAGAAGUGCAACAGAAUGGAGUACGACACUGCUCCUACUCGGCGUCAAGGAAAAAUCUGUAUAUUAACAAAAAUACAAAGGUUAUCUGUCAGGGUUUUACAGGCAAACAGGGCACCUUUCACAGCCAGCAGGCAUUGGACUAUGGCACCAAUCUAGUUGGAGGAAUUUCUCCAGGGAAAGGGGGAAAAACUCACCUGGGUCUGCCUGUGUUUAAUUCUGUGAAGGAGGCCAAAGAACAAACGGGUGCUUCUGCCACUGUUAUAUAUGUACCUCCUCCGUUUGCUGCUGCUGCGAUCAAUGAAGCAAUCGAUGCAGAAAUGCCCCUAGUUGUGUGCAUUACUGAAGGUAUUCCCCAGCAGGACAUGGUUCGGGUUAAACACAGACUGCUUCGGCAGGAUAAGACUCGACUAGUGGGCCCGAACUGCCCUGGAGUCAUCAAUCCUGGAGAAUGUAAAAUUGGUAUCAUGCCUGGUCACAUUCACAAGAAGGGAAGAAUUGGUAUUGUGUCAAGAUCUGGAACCCUGACAUAUGAAGCUGUUCAUCAGACUACGCAAGUUGGAUUGGGGCAGUCUUUCUGCAUUGGGAUUGGAGGUGAUCCCUUCAAUGGAACUAAUUUUAUUGACUGCCUUGAUGUAUUCCUGAAGGAUCCUCAUACUGAGGGGAUCAUAUUGAUUGGGGAAAUUGGAGGAAAUGCUGAAGAAGAUGCAGCAGCAUUCUUGAAAGAAAAUAAUUCCGGUCCAAAUGCCAAGCCAGUAGUGUCAUUCAUAGCUGGUCUGACUGCUCCUCCAGGCAGGCGGAUGGGUCAUGCUGGAGCAAUCAUUGCUGGGGGAAAGGGUGGAGCUAAAGAGAAGAUAGCCGCUCUUCAGGGCGCUGGCGUUGUUGUCAGCAUGUCUCCUGCUCAGCUAGGUAGCACCAUCUACAAGGAGUUUGAGAAAAAGAAAUUGCUGUAAGAGAAGACACUUUGGAAUACUGUCUCCAAAACAUCAGUGCAGCACCUGACCUCUGCUUAUCUUUGUCUCCGAAUCUUCAGUUACCCAAAUGACUGACACUGGUCUAUGAAUUUGACUUGGAAGCCAUAAACCUCCUGGCUAAACCUGUUUUGAUGUCUCCUUGGUUCAGACAUUGUCACCUCACUGUAAAUCACGGCAAAUUAAUAAAUCUACUACUAAAUCUGAUUCA